CAAAAGCAGCAAUGCAAUCGCUGCCUCUGUUGUGAGGGACUGCUGCACAGCGCCAGCCACACUUGCUGCUUUUCUCUGGGCUUUUUUCCCUGAACACUCCUGCCGUGAUGUUUCGUGCAAGCGAUAAGAUUGCAUAAAGUGGAGCUGCAACGAAACGGGGAAGAGUCACAGGGACUCGAGGUGGAUUACACAUAGUGAGUCAGUACAGUUGACUAAAUGGGACAUUCAAUAAACAAUACAGGAAGAUUGUAGAAGUCUGAAACCCAUCAGAAAGAGCGGAAGCAUUAUGUCUUAAUAUGACACAUUCAGUGGCACAGAAUUACAUAAUUGGAUCUUACUUACAGUCAGCUGUUCAAAGCAGUAUAGACCACAGUCCGUAAUCCAAGAUUGACAAAACAAUGCUUGCCAGUCUGAAGAUCAAGAAGCAGGAGGUGUUGAGCAGCACAAAUGUGACAGCCCCCGAUAGACCUCCGUCUCCACCACUCACUGCCCCACCAAGCAUGAAGUCUGCAGAGUUCUUUGAAAUGCUGGAAAAAAUGCAGGCUCCAAAAUUAGAAGAACAAAGAAGUGGAGGCCAGAAAAACAAGGAGGACUAUAUACCAUAUCCAAGCAUUGAUGAGUUUUUAGAGAAAGGUGGCUCCUUCCCCCUGAUCAUCCUGCCCCAAUUUGGAGGUUACUGGAUUGAAGACCCAGAGAAUCUCAGCACGCCGAACUCAUCAGACAGCAGCAUCUGUGAAGAAGAGGAAGAACACCUGAGCCCCAGAACUUACGGGUAUAAGUUGGAAUGCAAAGGUGAAGCCAGGGCGUACCGGAAACAUUUCUUGGGAAAGGAUCAUUUGAAUUUUUACUGCACAGCCAGCAGCCUGGGAAAUCUGAUCCUGUCUGUUAAAUGCGAAGAGGCAGAUGGGACUGAGUACCUACGGAUUAUACUCAGGUCAAAAGCAAAGACGUUACAUGAAAGAAUUCCCUUAGCUGGACUUAGCAAGCUGCCGAGCAUCCCGCAGAUUGCAAAGGCCUUCUGCGAUGAUGCAACUGGACUGAAGUUUAGCCCUGUGCUGUACCCCAAGGCCUCUCAGAUGAUUGUAUCCUAUGAUGAGCAUGAGGUUAACAACACAUUCAAAUUUGGCGUGAUUUACCAGAAGUUUAAGCAAACACAAGAAGAAGAACUGUUUGGGAAUAAUGAAGAGAGUCCUGCAUUCAAGAACUUUUUGAAUUUAUUGGGAGAUAUCAUAAUACUACAGGAUUUCAAGGGCUUCCGAGGAGGUCUGGACGUCACUCAUGGCCAGACAGGCACAGAGUCUGUGUACACAGUGUUCAGAGACCGCGAGAUCAUGUUUCAUGUCUCCACCAAGCUUCCAUUCACCGAGGGAGACAUGCAGCAGCUCCAGCGGAAGAGACACAUUGGGAAUGACAUUGUGGCAAUUAUAUUCCAAGAAGAAAACACUCCCUUUGUUCCAGACAUGAUUGCAUCCAAUUUUCUACAUGCCUAUAUUGUUGUCCAGGUGGAAAACUCUGAAACAGACAGUACAUCAUACAAAGUCGCAGUCACUGCCAGAGAAGAUGUCCCUUCAUUCGGUCCAUCACUGCCAAGCCCACCUGUGUUUCAAAAAGACUCUGAAUUCCGUGAGUUUCUUCUCACCAAGCUGAUCAAUGCGGAGAAUGCUUGUUGCAAGUCAGACAAAUUUGCUAAACUGGAGGAUCGGACACGAGCUGCCCUUCUGGACAACCUCCACGAUGAACUCCACAUCCACACACAGGUGAUGCUUGGCCUUGGAACUGAGGAGGACAAGCUGGAGAACGGGGGCCAUGGAGGAUUUUUGGAAUCAUUUAAGAGAGCUAUCCGAGUCCGCAGCCAUUCCAUGGAAACAAUGGUUGGGAGUCAGAAGAAACACCACAGUGGAGGAAUCCCAGGAAGUUUGAGUGGGGGGAUUGCACACAACAGCGUUGAAAUCACAAAGACCACCUUCUCUCCUCCAGUGACAACCGCCACAGCGAAGACCCAGUCCCGCAGCCCCAUAAAGAGACGGUCAGGCCUCUUUCCCCGCUUGCACACAGGGUCGGAAAGCCAGGCAGAACCCCGGAGUCGAUGUGACAGCGGCUCAGGAACCCCUCAAACCCCAGAUGGUGGACAUUCCUCCCAAGAAAUGAAGUUCGACGCCUCCUCAAAUCCAAGCUCGCCAGAAAUCUGUCCUAACAAAGAAAGGCCUUUCAUCAAGCUCAAAGAGAACGGACAGGCCAACGUCUCCCACUCUUCCUCCAGCACCAGCAGCUUCAGCAGCGCAGCAGGGGAGAGUGAAGCAGCCGAGGACUACGAGAGUCUGGUGAGCAGCCAGCCCUCCACAGCAUCACCAUUCAAACAAGACGUCUUUGUCUACAGCCCCUCACAAAGCACUGAGAGUCCAGUUUUAGUCUCUGCAGCUACACCUGUGAUCAUGAACCGGAGUCCCACAGAUAUAAAGAGCAGGAAUUCUCCGAGGUCAAAUCUCAAGUUCCGUUUCGAUAAACUCAGCCAUUCAAGUUCUGGCCCAAUGCAUUAGCAUGAGAUGAAGGCUACAGACCUGUAAAAAGGAAAUCUUUUCUCUUCGAAUGAGAACACCAAUCUGCUAUCCUGGGCAUAAUUGUCGUGCGCCUCUCAUGCAGCCUUCACUUCAACUGCUGUUUUCAUUCAACCAAAAUGGAACUGUCAUCUUACUCAAAUCUCCUGGACCAGAUGAGAUGCCCCAGGAGACGAGCAAAACAGAUUGUCAGGCUCAUGCUUCAUGCCGUUUGACUGGAAGGACGUCACUUGGAGAUGAGUUUUCUGCCAUGGAGCGGCUGAGCUUGAGUCGCUUCUCCCUUGUUCACCUGCGCAUGUUCUUCUUAUCCUGGCCGGCUGCCUUGAGGUUUCGGACACUGUGCUUCUUGUGUUCCUUGUGUGGGAGAAAGGCUCUUUUGGUCACACACGGCCAUUGUGAACCAGUUUCUUUUCUGUCUGGUACUCAAUGGCUUAGAUGCAAGUGCCCCUUUUUGUCAUGCUAACAAAACUUGAGACAUCGCUACCACAUUGUGCGGCACAUGGUGCUGCCCUUGAAGACUAAUUUUGGUGAAUGCAGAAUAUUACAGUCCACCUCCAGUGUUCCAGUCUCUGUAUUCUGCUUCCUGUCAUUUUCUGUGUGCAGUUCAAGGUGCUAGAGUUAACCCACAAAGCUGUACAGUUCUAGGGCCCUACAUACCUGUCCUUC